AUGGCGGCCCUGCAGGAAACCAGCCCUGAGGAUAAUGUUGACAUCAGUCAUCUCCUCCACCAACUUGAUGUCACCGUUGCGCCCUGUGUCAUGGAGAUCCCGGAUAUGCCUACUGUUUGCAGAGUCCAAGGGGUCGUUAAGCCACUCCAGAGGUCCCGCUGCCGCCCUCGAUAUUUGGACUUGAAGAGGCCAAGGCAACAGAACAUGACUUUGGACAAUUUAAGAAGGGAAAUUUACCAGGAAAUCAGCACAUCCACCAGAAAGCUGAGAAUCAGGCUUGAUGGAAGGAAAGGAUAUAUUGCAUCUGAUGGAAGUAUCCAGUUUAAGAAGGAAAAAUGGAUGCUGCUUGAGAGAGAGGAAAGAAUAGCAAAAGAAAUGUCUGAGAAGAGGAUGUGGGCCUUCUGCUGCAUUUCCUAUACUGGACGGAUUUUCCUGUUGCUCUCAGCACUCUCUGACACGGACCUCAUCUUCACUCCUCACCUGAUCACCCAUUCUACUCAUCAACAAAGGAGGGAGCCACACAAAGGACGCAGCUCAGGCCCCCGGUGGCCCCAGGAGAGGAACAACAUCAUGCAAAAAGGGGAUCCCUUCCCUCCAGCUUCCACUGCCUGUUUUAUCGCUCCCAAUUCUCAAUCAUGCACCUAUGGCCCACCAAGUAGUCCCCGUGAGCCCCUGGAGAUGUUUCUGUCACUUUGUAGCUCAGAGUUCUGGAAUUCCAAGUCCUCUGGCCUCAAUCGUGCUGUGUUUGAGGGACAGGGAGCUUCGGGUCCCCCUACUUCUCUGCCAUGUUGACUCUGCCUCUCAAAUGCUUGUUGAUUAGAAAUGAUCUGCUGAAGUAAGGCAAGAUUAAAAAUCUUGAGUUUGAAUCUUUCCUUGACAAUGAGUGACACACUUGUGGACAGAGCAAUGAAUCUCUGCCUGGGUCAGUCUGAGAGAACAUUUAUUUAUAUGCAAGUAAACCCCUUCUCCUACAAAAUUAAAACAAAUGACAGUUUGGUAUUUAAUUUCCUCUUGACUUCUUGUGGCUACUUCAUAGUUGCUUACAUAAAAGACUGUAUUUUAAAGACAUGAAGCCACUAACAAACCAGAAAAUGUGAAGAUUAUAAAGUAAAUCAAGGACAGAUGUGAACAAAGCUAUAAUCCAAUCUAAUGAAAACAAACAAAAAGGAAAAACAGAAACAUUCUUCAGAAACAAACAGAAUUACCAGCUUCCAAAUAGGGAUUUUCAAGGACAGAAGAGCACAAUCAACUGGAAAUGGGUCAACCCAAUAUAUACAAUUCAGGAUAAGAUAACAGCAUCAGCAUCAACAAAAUCUAGGAUAAUUGAAUAUUUUAAGAUGUCUGAGACCAAAUACUUUAUGUCAUCAAUAAAUUUAUUUCUAUUAAGUUAUGUUAUUGUAAUCUAAGAAUAACUUUCUAAAUGAAUUAAAUUAAAUGGUACUAAGUUUUCUUAUGGCUUCUAUUGGUGUCUGGUGCUCCGUUGACUCCAUUGGAAACAC